CGUGCUGCAGUGGUAUUCUUCAUGCUAGAAAUAGAUGUGAGAAGUUCUGCAGCACUAUUAGAAAAACGACAAGGGAAGGAAAAAGGCGAAAAGAAUGUGGAAUGUGGAAUACGCCGAAAGCUCAGCAAUAGAACAAGUCGAAUACGUUGCGCCCUUCAACAACAUGGAUGGAAAUGUUUGAGAAAAAGAAAAAGUUUUACGAAGGAAGAAUUUAAGGAAGAAAAGGUACUGUUUAAAAAGCAUGAGAAACCGAAAAAUCAAGAAGUAGUGGAAUUAACAUUUCCGACAUUCUCAACAUGUAAUGAAGAGCCAGGUUCACCAUAA